AUGCGCAUGGAGCUUGUCUCGCACGACGGCGUCCUGAUUUGGAGAAAGCUUAACCUUGAGGGCGGCCGAAUCAUGUCAAUGGAACAGGAAAGUGCGGAUGUAUGUGAAACACGAGUGAGGCACUGUCUCUCAGUCAACGAGAUGCAGCACAACGACCACCAUAAAACAGUUGUCUCUGAUAGCUACGUUGUGUCUGCACCUGAUUUUCUCCACGACCCGUUGGCCAUCAAUCUACAAAAACAACUCUCGGCCUUGCUCUCAAGAAUCCCCCAUUCCCCCAACCUAUCUACCCUCAAAAAUUGCUCUACGCGUGGGGAUUUUCUAGAUGAGCUGUCAAACGUCUUGCUUUUGCCUUCCCAUACCGCAGCGAUUGCUGCGACGUUCAGGCCUCUACUUCUUGAUCUUUGUGCAAGGUGGCUCCAAAAUGACGACUUUCUUGAGGAGAAGUUGUCAGCGUUAUGUUUCCUUUUACAACCACACGAGGAGCUCUACCCCGUUCUGCACCAAUUUCUUUCCCACCAUAUCUCACCAGACGGGCCUCUAGCCUCCCUCUAUCUGAAUUACCAGCCCACGGACGCGCCCCGCUGCCAUCGGGCACUUCUAGCAUACUAUCGAAUCCUUCAAGCGAAUCGAGAAAUUCCAGCCCAUUUCUACUGGUCUCUUGAACCUCUUUCUAGACUCAUCUGGGCUCCUAAGGCCGAUCCAGGCGCUCGCUUCUUGGCGAUUCGAUGUUAUUCUCUUCAGAGCGGAAUGGGAGAAGCCGAGAGAGAGAGGAUGGAGCGAGAAGUAAUCGGAUCAGUUGAUGACAUCGACUGUCCCAUACAAUAUGGCGAAGACGAAAGCGGAAACGUUGUUUUGUUGGAUGGAUGGCUAAUGCCCUUCACUGAAGUCAAGAGGAUUGGUGAUGCAAGAAAUGAUAUUGCGUAUGACCCUCAAGAUUUUUACUCCGAGAAUACGGGGCCUUACAUCCAGUUGGCCGAGCUUUGCCCACGAAUCGUUAGCGUCCAUGGCGUACUCAUGCUUCGAGAGUCACCCUCUUCCUACCUCGCUUCUCCGCUUAUCUCGACGCCUACCACCGUCCGAGCGUUGCGUGACCUUGCCCUAGGCUUGUCCCUACGUCUUCCGACGUUGAUCACUUCUGCACCCUCCGCAGGCAAAUCUCUACUCUUGCACCAUCUUGCAUCCUUACUACACCCCAACACCGAAAAUCAGGUCGUUACCAUUCCACUGGCCGAUACGUCACUUGACCCGCGUUCCUUACUUGGUUCAUACAUCUCCUCCCCGACAAGGCCCGGCACAUUCGAAUGGAAGGAGGGCAUCCUGGUUCGUGCCAUGAGGGAGGGCAGAUGGGUUGUGUUCGAAGACAUUGACCGUGGGAGCAACGAGGUCUUAGGUACCAUCAAGCCUCUCAUCGAGUCCCUGAGUGUGGGGAAAUGGAUUGGAGGUCGUGCACGAUUGGACGUACCAACGAAGGGCAUGGUGAUUGCGUCGGCGAGCUUCUCCAUUUUUGCGACACGCUCCUGCAAACCUCUCAAAAACAACGUCUUUGCUAAGCCGUCUUUCUUCGGGUCGCACAAAUUCCGCGAGGUCCUGGUGCCGAAUCCGACGUCUGAUGAGCUACGAACCAUCAUUGAUUCAAAAUUCCCCAGGCUUUUGGGUUCCGCCGCGCACGGAAUCAUUCAAGUCUGGGAUGCAGUGAGGGCGCUCGGGUCGACAGCUUCUGUUCGUGACGUUGGGCUGCGUGAGCUGGAAAAAUUCUGCUCGCGCAUAGACAAUCUCCUUCCACCUUCGCACCGGCAGAUGGACAUUGACGUCGACAUGGUUAAUUCUACACAGCUACCUUCCCUGUCGAUCAUAUUCCCCAACCCCUCCCUCCGUGAAGAGAUCUAUGUCGAGGCACGCGACGUCUUUUUCGGUGCCGGCGCUCUGACAGCAGCUGCCUGCGCGCACGCUGAUGCUGUCGCGGCCGUCAUCGCCGACCACCUUAGUCUGUCGCCUGAACAGCGUGAGUGGGUCCUCAAGGGUCGGGUUCCCGAAUUUGAAAGCGAGACGGACGUCAACGGGCGGACGGUGGCGCUGCGGAUAGGGCGGAUCCGUCUACCUGCAAGGGCGGGCAAGAUAGACCUUGCACCACCAAUCACGAGGCCAUUUGCGAUGCAUCGCCCGGCCGUUUGGCUCAUGUCGCGGAUUGCGAGUGCUGUCUCCCUGAACGAGCCUAUUCUCCUCACGGGCGAGACCGGCACAGGAAAAACGAGCGCAGUGACGCACAUGGCGGGGCUAUUACGGCGGCCGCUCGUUUCCCUCAAUCUUUCCCAACAGACAGAAUCUUCUGAUUUGCUCGGAGGUUUCAAGCCCGUGGAUGCUCGCGUUCCAGGGUCGGAGUUACAGGAACAUUUCUUAGAUCUGUUCCGUGGGACUUUCAGUUCGAAGAAAAACGCCAAGUUUGAAGAGUCGGUGAGGAAGGCGGUUCAGGAGGGCAAAUGGAAGAGGGCGAUCGGGUUGUGGAGGGAGAGUGUGAGAUUAGCAAAGGAGAGGAUCCUGGUGAAGUCGAAAGAGAUGGAAGGGGAUGAUGGUAGGGAGGACGAGUUGGAUUCAGACGCUCCUCGCAAGCGCCGCAAGAUGGAUCAAGCCAGACUGGACGCUUCACAGGCAGAUUGGGUCGCGUUCGAGCAGAAGAUUACGGAGUUCGAGAUCCAGCAUGUGCAGGGCAAGGGUAAAUUUGCGUUCAGCUUCGUAGAAGGGCCCUUGGUGAAGGCACUGCGCUCAGGCAAUUGGGUCCUCUUGGACGAGAUCAAUCUCGCAAGCCCUGAAACCCUGGAGGCGGUGUCAGGCCUCCUUCAUGGGCCGACAGCGUCCAUCAGUCUGACGGAACAAGGCUCUUUGGAACCAGUCCCUCGUCACCCCGACUUCCGACUCUUUGCCUGUAUGAACCCUGCGACUGAUGUGGGAAAGAAAGACCUUCCGCCAAAUAUUCGUUCACGCUUCACCGAAAUCGAUGUACCACCUCCUGAUGCAGAUCGAGAAACCCUUUUGAGCAUCGUGACUCAAUACAUAGGUGCUUCUGCAGUCGGCGAUAAAGGUGCAAUCAUGGACGUCGCAGAAUUUUACAUGUCUGUCAAAGUCCUGGUGGAAGGAAGACAAAUAGCGGACGGCUCCAAUCAUCGCCCCCAUUUCAGCAUGCGGACUCUCACUCGGGCGUUAACGUUUGCAUCUGACAUCGCGGCUACAUACAGCCUUCGAAGGGCGCUCUGGGAGGGGUGUCUGAUGGCGUUCACGAUGGCCCUAGACGCGUCGAGUGCUGAUUUAGUGACUGCUUUAGCACAGAAGCAUAUUCUGGCCGGCGUUCGCAAUCCACGCUCCCUCCUGGCAAGACAGCCCGCAGCGCCUGUCGGCCGUUCUCCUGAAGACUUUGUGAAGUUUGGUCCUUUCUUCCUGGAAAAGGGAUCGCUUCCCGAAGACCCUAUGGAUGAUUAUAUCAUGACCCCAUCUGUUGAGAAAAAGCUUGUCGACCUUGCCAGGAUCAUCAUCACCAGGCGCUUUCCGGUUCUGAUUGAGGGCCCAACUUCCAGUGGGAAAACGAGCUCGAUAGAAUACUUAGCGAAGCGGACUGGCCAUCGCUUUGUUCGUAUCAACAAUCACGAACAUACCGACAUUCAAGAAUACUUGGGGACGUAUAUCUCUGACCCCGUCACUGGCAAGCUGGUCUUCAGAGACGGUCUUCUUGUUCAAGCUCUCCGUCAGGGAGAUUGGAUUGUCCUGGACGAGCUGAAUCUUGCGCCCACCGAUGUACUCGAAGCGCUUAAUCGUCUUCUAGAUGAUAAUCGGGAGUUGGUCAUUCCAGAGACGCAAGAGGUCGUCCGACCACACCCGCACUUCAUGCUUUUUGCAACACAAAACCCACCAGGUCUAUAUGCUGGACGAAAAGUAUUGUCGCGGGCUUUCCGCAAUCGCUUCUUGGAAGUUCAUUUCGAAGACGUUCCGGAGAGCGAGCUGAAGGAGAUUUUGUGCCAGCGUUGUCGUAUCGCCCCGUCUUAUGGCGAACGCAUUGUCAGCGUCUUCCGGGAGCUGCAAAAACGUCGACAAUCGAGCCGUGUGUUCGAAAGCAAGCACGGAUUCGCUACGCUGCGCGACCUCUUUCGAUGGGCUGGUCGGGAUGCUAUUGGUUAUCAGGAAUUAGCGGAGAACGGCUACAUGCUCCUCGCUGAGCGUGCCCGUCGGUCGGAUGACAAGAUCGUAGUCAAGGAGGUCAUCGAAACUAUCAUGAAGGUCCGCAUCAACGACGACAUUUUAUACGAUCUUCAUCGCAGCGGAAGCGAUGUCACGGCUGCCCUUGGAUUCCCUCUUCCAUCAUCAUCUGCCCUUGUCUGGACAAAAGCUAUGCAGCGUCUGCUUGUUCUUGUGGGUCGUGCUCUCCGCUUCAACGAGCCUGUUUUACUUGUGGGGGAGACAGGUUCAGGGAAAACAUCUAUAUGUCAAGUGUAUGCCGAUGCUGUCCACAAGCAUCUCUAUGCUGUCAAUUGUCACCAAAAUACGGAGACCGCCGAUCUUAUUGGAGGCCUACGGCCUGUACGAAACAGGGCUUCACUAGAAGCUGAAGCAGUUCAAGAAGCGGCAUCGCUACUGACGCAGAGAGGUCUCCCCAACGUGCCUCCAGACCCUCAAUCGCUGCUUUCGUCGCUGGAUAAGAUGUCCAAGUCAUCGACGUCACCUGACCUUCAAGUGGAGAACGCGCGGUCUAAAUUGCAGCGUCUAUCGGCGAUAUUUGAAUGGUCUGACGGUCCCUUAGUAGAAGCCAUGCGACAUGGCGAUGUUUUGCUCUUAGACGAGAUCUCCCUGGCCGACGACUCCGUCUUAGAGCGGCUCAACAGCGUCUUGGAACCGGGACGCACUGUCGUUCUUGCUGAACGGAGUGGAGGCGAUGCUGACCAAUCCGUCAUCAAAGCCGAACAAGGUUUCAAACUGGUCGCCACAAUGAAUCCUGGUGGUGACUACGGCAAGAAAGAGCUUUCUCCAGCGUUGCGCAAUCGAUUCACUGAGAUCUGGGUUCCUCCCAUUGACAAUCGUGAGGACCUGUUCCAAAUCUUGGACAGUUCUUGGAAGCACGAAGACCUCAAGGCGUACACGAAUCGUAUCUUGGAUUUCUGCUCUUGGCUGUGCGAGCGUGUGUCGGAACAUUCCCUGCUGGGUUUGCGAGAUAUAUUGGCAUGGGUCAGCUUCUCAAAUUCAGUGUUGACUGGAGAGGACGGAUUAAUGUCACUCGAUGAGAUAUUUCAUCAUGCGGCGCACAUGACGAUUCUUGAUGGACUCAGUUCACUGCCCCAAUUGGCAGCUUAUUCGACAGAUGCUUUGUCGACGAUCAAGACCGAUGCGCUUUCCAAACUGCAAGAUCUUGCUCCGCUUGCCAAGGACCCCAGUUCUCAUUAUGUUCCUUCGGAAGACUUGUCUCGUUUUGUUCGCUUUGGCUCAUUCUCUAUUGUUCGUGGGCCUCAGGGAAGCAUCCCUCACGCGUACAAUCUGCAAGCCCCUACGACUAGAGAUAACGCCAUGCGGGUGUUCAGAGCAUCCCAAGUUCUCAAACCGAUUCUCCUUGAAGGUAGUCCCGGUGUUGGCAAGACCAGUCUGAUCACGGCUCUUGCCAAUCUAUGCGGCUUUCACCUUUGUCGUAUCAAUUUGUCAGAUCAGACUGAUCUCGCUGACUUGUUUGGUUCUGACCUUCCAGUGGAAGGUGGAAGGCCUGGGGAGUUCGCUUGGAAAGAUGCUGAGUUCUUGAGAGCAUUACAGGAAGGGCAUUGGGUGCUAUUGGACGAAAUGAAUCUUGCGCCCCAGGCCGUGUUGGAGGGUUUGAAUGCAGUAUUAGACCAUCGUGGAACCGUCUACGUUCCCGAGCUGGGCAGAUCCUUUACUCGCCAUCCUUCAUUUCGAAUAUUCGCAGCACAAAAUCCCAUCCAUCAAGGUGGAGGUCGAAAAGGCCUUCCGAAGUCUUUCAUCAAUCGCUUCACAAAGGUUUACAUCGAACCUCUUACGCCCACUGAUCUUCUCGAGAUCUGCCGACAUAUGUUCCCUGACUAUCCUUCGGACUGGCUUGCGUCCAUGAUCGCCUUUAACUCUCGCUUGGAAGAAGAGGUCAGCAACAAGAAAUCGUUCGCUCGAACAGGAAGUCCUUGGGAGUUCAACCUGCGAGAUGUCACACGUUGGGGAGCGCUGCUUGGCUCUUCCGUGCGCCCAUUGCACCCUGUCGAGCACUUGCGCAACAUUUACCUCGUUCGCUUCCGAACCGUUGAAGAUAGGCGUGCUGCUCGACGCAUCUUCGACCAACAUUUCAAGAUAUCUAGCGAUCACCUGGAAGAAUCUCCUCAACCUCUAAUAUCCCCAUCAUCUCUCCAAAUUGGCCACUAUGUCACUUCGCGCAGCAACUAUGCUCCUGCAGCACGCUCUGGAUGUCUGUUGCAGAGUCAGCUGAUCCUCGCGGAAGCCAUCGGCGUGUCUCUGCGUCAGAGCUGGCUGGUUAUUCUGACGGGCCCUGCUGAUAGCGGUAAGACAACACUGGUGAAAACCAUCGCCGACUUGACAGGCAAUCCUCUCCACGAGCUAUCCGUGAAUAGCGCGACCGAUAUCACUGACAUUCUUGGCAGCUUCGAGCAAUUGGAUAGUGUUGGCCAUACAACCCACGUGGUGCGACGAAUCAUAACCUUGAUCGAACAUAUCUCACGGUCUAUGGAAGGUUCCAAGGUGCUUCAGCCGCGACAGUACUCCUACUUGAAACGGGCUAUAACUACCGGCAGUCCUCGUGGUUCUUCUGUAGAUGUCCUUCAAAUGGCGGUGAGCAUUUUGAAUGAGCUAGGGGACUUGGACGACGUCUGGGCGCUCGAACGGGCCAACCUCUUAGCUUUGAUCAAGGACCAAAUAUCCCCGUCGGAUGCUACAGGGAGGUUUGAGUGGGUCGAUGGUCCCUUGGUUCGUGCCAUGGAACAGGGACAUUGGGUUCUGUUAGAUAAUGCUAACCUUUGCAGUCCCUCCGUCCUGGACAGACUGAACUCCCUGUGCGAACCUUCCGGCGUGCUAACCCUCAGCGAACGUGGUUAUGUGAAUGGAAGAGUUCGGACGAUUCGUCCCCAUCCUAACUUUCGACUAUUUAUGUCUGUCAACCCACAGCAUGGCGAACUGUCUCGUGCCAUGCGUAAUCGAGGCAUUGAAGUCGCACUUCCCCCCAACCAGCGCUUGGAGGACUCUAGGCGACUACAGGACUACCUCCGCUUACCAUCGACCUCCGGUAGCAACCUUUUGUCCAGCCAAUCUUGCUUAGAAUUUGAGUCACUCCGUCGGGCAUUGUCUAGCUUGGCAACAUCCUCCCGAGAUACAUACAGUCCAUCCGGGCAGCGCUUAAUCGAAGAUUCUGCAUCUUCGUUUGUUUUGCAUGGAUCGGCUCUACUACUUCCAUCUCCUGCAGCGCAUGCUGAAGCUAAAUCCUAUGGUUUUCUUUCCUUUGCUGUCGCUUCGUCUUCUCCGGCGUACGUGCCCUAUAUAUCCCGACUAGCGAUGGCAUACGACCCACCGGUGCGACCGGAGCAUCUAUCUGACAUACACACAGUGUUCUAUGCCAUGAGAAAAAGCCCACUAUGGGGUACGCUGGAGGAGAUUAGACGGCAAAAGGAACAUAUCUGGCCAGUAUCUCUCGAUCUUCUCUCUGUUCAGUCGUUCGAUUUUUCGUUGAGGUCUAUCACAAUGCGACACUCGCACAUUAAGUUCGAUCAACCCUCGCUAGAACAGUCUAUUGUGCAUCUCCUGGAAAUCUUAAUAAGGCUAUAUAUCAACAAUCAAUACAUGUCGUCGCAAUCGUUGUCUGGUAGUCUUGUCAAAAAACUUUCAGAUCCUGAAGAAAGCCAGCAGGCUAUGCAAAAGGUUGAGGAGAUCGGACAUGUCGUAGAUCAACUUGCGCUCGGACUAUUGACUAAUCUCACAGUCAACCUUCCCGUGGACACAUUUAACGAGAUUGACGUGGUUCUCAAGCUUCAAAAGUUGUCGCUUUUCAUGAUGCAAAAUACUCGCAGCGGCUUCAAUUUUUCUGCAAUUCAAACUGUAGUGACAUGGAUUGACGGAACUAUAUGCCAUACCCCUUCAAAAUUUGCAACGCUUUCGGCACUAGUCGCCGCUCUUCAGCGUAUUGUCACUCCGUCGUCCGGGCUAGGGUUGCAGAACAUAUGGUCUAUGUCGAUCCUUACACAGCCUGUGGCUGCGUCAACAGAACUAGCUAGAUUAGAGGUGCUUGCAAGCAAUCAAGAUGAAGAGAAGGGUAUUCGUGCCCUUCGCACUCGAGUGUUAGAACUGAUGGCAGUAAAAACGCUGCCUUCCUCCAACAAAGGCACAGCAGGAGUAGACGUAGAUUCUACGUUCCAGGAAAUCCAAGUUAAGUUACUAGGACGGGACGACCAACACGACUUUCCAUCUCAUCCGCUCAAAGACGAUCCUGUGUUGCUGAGCAAGGAACUCAGGGUCAUAGCUUCCAUACGUUCUCGCGGAAACAAUAUUUCGAAGGGUGUCAAAACAAUUCUUGAUCUUGCAUGCAGGAGUCCCAGGGGACCUCUCCGUCGCUUCAUCCCUUACCGCCAUGCAGCUUGGGCGCUUGAAGAGAACCAAUUCACAGGGCUCAUGUUUUCUUCCUUACAUAAGAGUUGGAUGCAAGCGCUUUGGAAUCUAGCCGGUAACGAUGAGAUAUUGGGGCCUUCCGCCCUUCUUCAACCAAAAGAGCUUCAAGCGACAAUAAUGAAAUGCGACUGGACCAAGAUGACUCUUCAAUCAUUGAAGAGUUAUGAACCAGCACUUGAAAGGCACUUGAGUCUGGUAGUUGUUGAUUUGGGCUUGCAUAGCUCACGCUUACAGGAGCUAUCAGUCGUGUAUCAGCAAGCAUUGUGGACACUCUCAUCCUGCUUCUCAGAUUCCUUCGAUGCGGAAACACGAGCCGCGCUUGAGACUGCUUGUGAUAGCUCUUCAUGGGUCCUCGCCUCCUCGCCACAACGGUUCUUGGACAUCCUGCGACGAUCUAAUCUUUCAUAUCUCAGCACGGCUGUUCGGCGUUCUUUGGAUCCCGUAGAGUCCUCCUCAUGUGAUGCUCAUUCGGGAGCAUCCAAUGUUGGGUUAUUGGGUCGACGCUUCAUUGCACUCUUCCGCUUACUUGUUGAUCUUUACGUCCCAAACACCCCCAUGGAUCCAUCGGCCAAUCAGUAUUGUACCUUCGACUUUUGGAGUCAAGAGUAUGCGAGGUAUUCGACGGAGCUACAGCUACAGACUGAGUUGGAGGUCAAAACAACAGGCAAUCGCUCGAAUGGAGUUACCACGUAUCUAGAACAUCAGAUCGCAAUCGUUAAGCAGCAUCUCGAGAGCUCGUCGGCUUCCAGUCAAGGGCCAAGGCAUAAUAUGACGCAUCUGGCAGAUUUCUGGUUUGAAGUCUCUCAAUUCAUAACACAGGUUGUCUCGAUCUCCAAACUGGAUUCUCUCUUCGGACUUAUUCAUUCGGACCAUUCAACCGCGGUGACACGCGAGCAUGUUCUACAGCAGUCUAUCGCCGGAUUCUGCCAGAGGCUCAACACUGCAUACGUCACUCUUGACGAUAUCAGUGCUCCUUUGCAGCUGUCAUUUCUGUAUUUAAGACUCGGUCUACGGCUCGCAAUAUACGACUCGUCGCGCGUUUCCGAUGGUCUAGGGAGCAUCUCACGUGCACUGGUUCUUUCCCCAUCAGUCAGAAGCGCCUCUAUGCUCUGUGAACAGCACCUUGCGGACACACACGUGCCUGGAUCCGAUGGUGUCAGCUAUCUUCUUCUCAAGAUAGCUGCAACUGCUUUGGAAGCCAGUAUCGGCGUUGAUCCUGCCACGCAUAUACAGUCAGUCAAUUUGAUAUACGAGCAGGUAGUCAGGCUGUGGCAGAUCGAUCGUACGCGAGAAGAAGAAGCGGAGAAGGCAUCUCAGUCUUUGUACCGUUCUAGUCGAACUGAGCAUGACGCUGUCCAGGACUCGGAAGUCGAGGAGAAAGAGUUUUUGGCCCUAUUCCCAGAUUUUGAUAUUCCUUUGGAUUUGGAGCCCGCCGCCGUUCACAUUGACCACCCUCCGACGCUCGUUGAACACUCACACAUCCAACAAAUCUACGAGUUGCACAUCCAUCUCAUGGCCUCGAUUGGACUUACUCCCGUUGAUAGUCCCGCACUCGCUAAGCUAUUUCUUCAACAUCGACAGGCUCUCCUGCAGCGCGUUGUAGCAGACAAUGCCAACACUCUCCCAGAAAGCCUCGAUGAUGCCAGUUUUUCUUAUCAGCUCACACUUCUACAUGGUCGCUUAGGCGAACUUCAGCAUCAAUCGAAGGCGGACACGCGACCAUACAAUUUUUACCUCGACGCCAAUGUUCCCGAGAUUCGCAAAGCUACAGCGGUAGUAGAGGCUCUCGAUCGACGUCUCGAACAGCUCAUUCAUUCGUGGCCUGACCAAAUGGUUCUGCAUCACCUCAAAGAACGCUGCGACCAGACCCUCUGUCUGAAUCUUCACAGCCCAGUUGCCAAAGUCUUGUCCAGUCUCGAACAGCUUCUUCUUCAAACAGAGGACUGGGAACUGUACGCCAACCGGGAGAACAAUUUGAAGGAUCACAGAGGCGCUCUUACAAAUCUGAUUGUCGAAUGGCGGCAGAUGGAGUUAGCUUGCUGGCGAGGAUUAUUAGAAACGCAGGCCAUACAAUUCGAAACUGGAGUCUCUGAUUGGUGGAUCCGCCUUUACAACUCGCUUGUUUUCGGACUGCUGGAUGCCGUCGUGAGAGAUGGUGUAGAUGCGUAUCUCGAUGAACUUGUUCCACUCAUUGACAGCUUCAUCAAAGCCAGUCCUUUGGGACAGUUCCAGCGGCGCUUGGAGCUGUUGCAAAGCUUCGAAGCAUUUCUCCGACGACUGGUCUCUUUGAAGACUACCGAGCAGGCGGGCGCUCUUCACCGAGUGCUGCGGAUUCUUCAUAUAACGCGAACCUAUUAUUCGCAAUAUCUUCCUCGUGUCAUGGGGUCCUUAUCUUCGCAAAGGAAAGUCCUGGAGAAAGAAGUGGUGGAUUUCAUCAAGCUUGCCAGUUGGAGAGACGUGAACGUUCAAGCGCUGAAACAAAGCGCACAACGGACUCACCGCCAGCUGUACAAGAAUAUUCGAAAAUUCCGCGAUAUCAUGCGUCAGCCAGUCGGCGAACUCCUCAAAUCAGAGCAGGCAGGCGAUUCGGAGCAAACACCAAUCUUUGCUCAACAGCUCACACAGGACAGCAAUAUGAAUACUCCCACCUUUUCGCCUCGUUUAUCGAUUGGAACCUUACCUGCUCAUCUUCAGGAGCUGUCCCGGACGUUCCAAAGAUUCCAAGCACUGUUGGUAACACGUAUUGAGCCUUUCAUCCGAUCCCGGUCAUCUGACCACGUUGAAGCUUUCGCUGGUGAAGUCAUCGCAACAGCAAAGAGCCUGUCAGCGUUGUCGGUUCCCGCGGACAUUCCGAAAGAACGCAGGGAGAAACAACUGAAGGGAAUCCUAGUACGUAAGAGGAAGGCGUGGAGCGACCUACUCAAAGAGCUCAAGAGGAUCGGUUUCGCUACCAACGUUAAGCCAGAAGUCCUGGAGUGCCAACAAAGUGAACGCUGGAUACGAGAACAGCCUAUCAUGCCAGGAUUAAAAUGUGGUUUCUCUGAUGUCACCAAGGUUGAUCACUACUUUCAACGCCUUCGCGGCUUGUUACCAGAGCUGCGAGCCGCAAUUUCCGGGCAUCAUUCGGAUCUGCAAACACGGGAGCUUCGGAGAGGCACUAUGCUGCUGGAAUCUGGCUUUUCUAUGGCGCUGGGCGCUCGUACACAUUUGGUUACAGUUCUCGAAGACUACGAGUCCGUCAAAAACGUUACUCGCAGACUUCGCGAGUUUGUGGAGUCAGAAAAGGUAGUCUGUUCAGGGUCUACAGCUUUGACAGACGUCGUUCGUGUGAAGGAUAUCACGUGCAGAUUUAUCCAUGCACUCUCCGAGAUGGUUUCUCAUCUAGAGAUGUUUGAGGGUACAAUCACUGGCCAGCAGGUUUCCCAUGAGAUUGUUGCUGAAGCACAAUCGUUGAUGGCAUUGUCCAAGAGUCACCGUGAUAGUCUCAUUGUCAUUGUGGACGCAAUGAAUUCAACAGGCACACCAAUCCUUCUCCAAGCCGAAUAUUCGAUUGUAAAAGACAGUGUGGCUCAUCUCUCGCAGUCAAUCAACGUUCUCGCGUCGUGGGAGAAUAGCCAUUCCCACCUUCAACGCCUGAUUUCUCCAGUUCGCACUUGGAUCGAGUUGGAAAUCGUGGCUAUGCCAUCAGCAAGCCCGACUCCAGUAACUCAAGAACUAGAUUUCGAUGAUAUCAUCGACGCGCUAUUGGUGACCGUCCAAUCAGUUCUGUCGAAGCUCCCAGAGCAACAUGAGGAUGAUGGAGGCGAGGACGACGACUUCUACAUCAAGAACACGUCGCGUGCCCUGGUAGACUUGAGCAAAAUGCUGCAUCUAUCACCCCUUCUGCAGAAGUUAGAGGCUGUUGUUGGUCGUCUGCACGUCGGAACUUACGAGACUGCACAAGCUGGGAUUCUUCGAUUCAUGCCUUUUCUAGACCGCUACAUCGACCUUCUACAGCGGCACUUGACCACUCUUGUUUCAUGGACUGGUAGCGUUUUCAAGCUCCAGUAUGUUGUCUGCACCAUCGUCAAUACCCUUGCCACCCAAGGCUUCUGCCAACCACCUGACGCCGAAACAUCCGGAGAGGGCAACGAAGGAGCCGAGACAUCGAACGGUAUGGGAUUGGGCGAAGGAACAGGGAACGAGAACGCGAGCAAAGAGAUUGAGGAUGAGAGCCAAGUAGAAGGUUUGAAAGGAGAGGAUGGACAAGCCGAUAAGGAAAGACAGGACAGAGACCAAGAAGGAGAUGCUAUCGAGAUGGAGGACGAUUUCGGAGGAGAUAUGGAAGACGUGCCUGACAGUGAGUCACAGGAUGGAGAAAACGAGGGUGAGGACGACGACGACGACGACGAGGGACCAGACGAUCAGAUUGGAGACGUGGAUAAGUCGGAUCCCGAAGCCGUGGACGAAAAGCUCUGGGGGGAUGAGAAAGGGCCAGAGGGAGGAUCGGAAGGAAAGACAGAAGAAGAUAAAUCAAAUGAAAAAGGAGGAGAGUCAGAUGUUGUCGCAAAGGAGGGAAAGGGGCCAGAGUCGCAGAAAGAUAGGGAAGAAGUGGAAAAGGACGAGAAGGAUGGCACCGUUGAUGAAGAGACACCGCAAGACGAUCUUGGGAAUGAUGAUGGGGAGACUGCACCUGAUGGAGCCGGAGCACCCAUUGACGACUAUGUUCAGAAUGCCGACACUCUCGACCUACCGGACGACCUGGACCUGGGCAACGAUGAGGAUAUGCAAGAGGGCACACAACCAGAGGACGACGACGAGCAGCUCGAAGAUCAGCCACAAGACGAACGCCAGGAGCAGAUGUCGGAUUUCGAGGGCGAUGAAGAUACAGGUCAUGAUCAAGGCACUUCCCUGGAUGCAACAGAUGAGAGGAUAGAAGAAGACACGCAAAAGCAAGAGAUUCGAGAGGAGGAGGAUACGUCCUCUGAGGUUUCUUGGGAGAAAGCUAUGGCUCAACCUGAUCUUCAGCCAGGGGAAGGGUCUGCUGAUUCAUUGCAAGAAGAAUCAUACAAUUCGAAUGUACGAGAGAGUGCAGCCUCGCAGUCGGGAGGUGCUCAAGAUUCUGCUGGCCAAGGCGCCGGUUCAGGUGAAGAGGCGAAUUAUGAAGAAGGAAAUAUGGAAGAACCGCAAUCUAAAGUCCCCGAUAUCGCGGAAAACCCUUCAUCCGGAUCUGCCACACUUGGUCAACAACAAGGUAGCGCAGCGUCUCAAGAACCAACUCAAUCGGAAUUGUCCAAUAACCCUCUUCGAAGCCUUGGCGAUACAUUAAGAGAAAUCCGUCAGCGCUUUGACGACAUACUAGAGAGUGGAGACGCUCAGGAUCAGAGUACUCACCCUGCAGACACUUCUGAGCCUUCACAGCUUGAGUAUCUUCGCCCUGAUGAUGUCGACCACGAAAUGCAGGCUCUUGGUCCGGUCGAGGCAGCAGAUCAGGCUGCAAAGCUCAGCGAGCUUAAGUUGAUGGAAGACGACCAGCCCACAAACGAUUUUAAUCCCCCCAUGGACAUUGACGAUUCUUCAGCGGAGGAGCCUCCUUUCAAUCAACCGCAAACAUCACAAGUUCCUCCUCAACUUACUGCUGAAGCUCUGCAAGAAGGCGUCGAGAAUGCGCUCACUCAGCAUCAGAUCAACGCACAAAAAGCCUCAACCGCGGACUCCGUCAUCGAUGCUUUGGCUCCGGACCCUGCUGUCGACAUCGAGGAGCCAGAAGGGCAAGCAUAUGUAGAAACUGAGUUGCGCCGCUGGCAUGCAGAAGGACGGCCUGCUGAGGGCGCUGAGAACCUUUGGCGCCUCUAUGAAUCUCUGACCCAUGACUUGUCUUAUGCACUCUGCGAACAGCUCCGACUCAUCCUAGAACCCAGUCUUGCUACGAGACUCAAGGGCGACUAUCGCACUGGAAAGAGGCUCAAUAUGAAGAAGAUCAUCCCUUAUAUUGCUAGCGAGUAUACCAAAGACAAGAUAUGGAUGCGCAGGACCCGUCCCAGCCAGCGCGAGUACCAGGUGCUCAUAGCUCUUGACGACUCUAGAUCCAUGGCCGAGUCGCAUUCAGUCCACCUUGCCUAUGAGACGCUGGCCCUCGUAUCAAAAGCGCUCAGUCGGCUGGAAGUAGGAGAUAUAGGGAUAGCGAAAUUUGGAGAGGCCAUUGAUGUGCUUCAUGGGUUCGACGAAGGGCUGUUUACAGACCAAGCAGGGAUGCAGGUGAUGGGUGCAUUCGGAUUUCGUCAGAAUGCGACAAAUGUGCUUUCUCUCGUAGAGUCCAGUCUCAAGAUACUUGAAGAAGCCAGGGAGCGACGAUCCACGGGUUCGUCAUCCGCAGCGGAUCUCUGGCAGUUGGAGAUCAUCAUCUCGGAUGGCAUUUGUCAAGACCAUGAAAAACUUCGAACAGUACUCCGCAAAGCAGAGGAGAAGCGAAUCAUGAUCGUCUUCAUCGUUAUUGACUCCCUUCAUUCUAAUGCGACUCUUGCACUCUCGGGAUCGGGAUCCUCCGUCACUGGUGGAAGUGUUCAAAACUCUAUUCUCUCGAUGAACCAAGUCGCGUACAAACAAGUUGACGGUCGGAUGGAGUUGCAAAUGCAGAGGUACCUCGACUCGUUCCCAUUUGAGUAUUAUGUGGUACUGCGGAAUGUUGAGGCGUUGCCAGAGGUGUUAUCGGGCACCUUGAGGCAGUUUUUCGAACGGAUUUCCGAGGAGUAA